GUCCACGGCGUCAGCCACGCCCAGCCCCAAAUUCCAAAACCCUCGCCUGGUUCGCUGGUUUUCACUCGAGAGACGACAAUGAUGGCGGCGCAGCCGACGGCUAACCCGGGGGUCCGCCUCGGCUGGAAUGGCCCUGGCGUUCUGGCGUCCCCGCCGCGCCUGGCGCUCUCUCGCUCCGCCGCGGCGGCGUUCGCGUCACACAGGGCUGGCAGAGGAAAGUUUUCAGCUGCGGCCAUCACUACCGAUGAUUAUCUUCCGAUGCGAAGUACUGAAGUGAAAAAUCGGACAUCAGUAGAUGGAAUCAAAAGUCUCAGACUAAUCACAGCAGUCAAAACCCCCUAUUUGCCAGAUGGAAGAUUUGAUCUUGAAGCAUAUGAUUCUUUGAUAAACACACAGAUAAAUGGGGGCGCCGAAGGUGUAAUUGUUGGUGGAACAACAGGAGAAGGUCAUCUUAUGAGCUGGGAUGAACACAUCAUGCUCAUCGGGCACACUGUUAACUGCUUUGGAACUAACAUUAAAGUGAUAGGCAACACGGGAAGUAACUCAACUAGAGAAGCUAUUCACGCUUCAGAGCAGGGAUUUGCUGUUGGCAUGCAUGCAGCUCUCCAUGUCAAUCCUUACUAUGGGAAGACCUCAACUGCAGGACUGAUCUCUCAUUUCGACGAAGUCCUCCCGAUGGGUCCAACAAUCAUCUACAAUGUGCCAGCCAGGACUGGUCAGGAUAUACCCCCUGCAGUCAUUGAGGCACUCUCAAGUUAUCCAAACAUGGCAGGAGUGAAAGAAUGUGUUGGACAUGAACGGGUGAAGUGCUACACUGACAAAGGUAUAUCAAUAUGGAGUGGCAAUGAUGACGAAUGCCAUGAUUCAAGGUGGAAACAUGGUGCUACUGGAGUCAUUUCUGUAACUAGCAACCUUGUUCCUGGCCUCAUGCGCAGUCUCAUGUUUGAAGGGGAGAACACAACGCUAAAUGAGAAGCUACUGCCUCUGAUGAAAUGGUUAUUUUCUGAGCCAAAUCCGAUUGGUGUCAACACUGCACUGGCUCAGCUCGGUGUAGUGAGGCCUGUUUUCAGGAGACCAUACGCCCCUCUUUCUCUUGAAAAGAGGACCGAGUUUGUCCGGAUUGUUGAAGCAAUCGGGCGGGAGAACUUUGUGGGACAGAAAGAGGUGCGGGUUCUGGAUGAUGAUGAUUUUGUGUUGAUCAGUAGGUAUUAAAUAAGUGAGUUCAUUGUGUGCUAUGUACGUUACGAACAGCGGCGGUUCUCCUUUUAGACAUUUCAUCAGCUGUUCAACAGUCAUAUGUUUUAUCUUUUCUGUGAUUGGAAGUUAAUUUGGAACCCUGUGGGGUUUCUUUGCACCCUAUAAUGCCAGUUCUAGUGAGAAAUGAGAAUAAGCUAAGAGAUGUACAGCUCUCUUGUGAUCAA